AUGAGGCUUUAUUAAGAUUUGAACUUUUUAUAUACAAGCCUAUGUAUAUUUUUGGUAAUAUCAGCACAUUUCUUUGUGAUAAGCUCAGAUACAAGCUCUUUCAUUGCUUUGGCUACAAGUUGGGUUUACUCUGAAGAUGAGAUCUUUAUUUUCAUGGUUAACCUUUUUUGUAAUAUUAUUUUUGAAGGAGUUAGAAACCACCCCGAUUGGAGCAAGCUCCGGAGAAUAUGAAGGAAGUGCACCUUCCACUCUAGCUCUUUGAGCUUCUUCUUGGACAUUUUAGAUAUAUAAACUUGGAAAUUACCAAGCAGCAACAUAAGCCCAUAUUCUUUUUCUAGGUAAGUCUCUCUCACCCAGAUCUGCAGCUAUGAUAGAUAAUUAAUGAACUUCUUGUUAUAAUUCCCCAAACUUUUCGCCAAAAUUUGUCCGUUUAAAAGACCUGGACUGGAGGCAAGAGAGAGCGGAAAUUAAGUAGAAAAUGUAUUAAUUUCGUAGGGGUAGAAGGGGAAGAAUGGCCUUUAGGGAUUUUUGUGAGAGGCUGGUUAAGGUGAGAGAAAGGUGGUUUAAGGAAUUCUGGGAGGGAGGGAAGAGAGCUGAUAACUUUUGGUAUAGAGAAGUUGGAAGUUUUUGAGUGGAGGCUGCUUAAAAUUGAAGGAGAGGUUAUAUUCUGGUAUCAAUUCAUAAAUUUUAUCAUCACAUCGCUUGAAAUAUUUAGUAUUAGAAUUUAAAUAUAAAUUUAUUGCAUCAGAUAUUGUAAUCUUCAAAAAUUCUGAUCAUAAGAAAGCUUAAUUCAGCAUUUCAAGUAAAAAUGAUCCAUUUUAUACAAAACAAAAUGAAUAUUUAGAAAUAAAUAAUCUUAAACCUCAAAAUUUUAUCUAGGUUGUCCAAACACAUAAACUAAAUUGGAAUAGGAAGCUCAAGAUGGAGAAUUAGAGCAUAUGCAUCAAGUUCAACUACUCUUACACGUAUUAACCAGAAAUAUUACCAGGUCAGUACAAUUGGUGACCGUCAGAAAAUUCUUAAAAGUUUCCGAACUGACUAGACCGAUAAUUUAUUUACUAGAAGGUUACUUUAGAGGUAAGAUAAAUUGAAAUCCUUGUUGUAUGACCUCAGAACUUUCUAAAAGGAUCAAUCAAAGGAUCUAAUCAGACUUCUAAAUGAAACUCCGAUUAUUUUCAUUCUGAUCAUCCUGACAAAACUGUACAAAUAAGGGAUUUUAA